GCCCGGCGCCAUGUUGGCGGGCGUUGGGAUGGGGCUGUCGGGGUGGGGCGGGCAGCAGCGGGUGUUGCGGCGUUCUGUGGAACCGGGGGCUCAGCCUCGUGCCCUGUGCGUCCGUGGGGGCUGAUGUUCCUUCCUUGGGUGUCUCUAAGCUUGGGGAUGAGGGUGUGCCGUGGUGGUGGCCGGGUGGCCCUACAGGAGCGGGCCCCGAGGAAAGGUGCAGUGCAGGGAUGGCCGCUUGAGAGGAGCGUCGGGGCAGUGUUGUGCUUCACAAGAUGCUGGUGAGGCGAGGGCGGCCCGACUGCCACAGCUGUGCAGGCAGCGGCCUGGAGACUGCUGUUCUCGCGUACCAGCUUCCCCGUCAGGUGCGUGUGGCACGGCCAGCCUGCCAGCAAUGAGCCCCUCGCAGGGCCAUGUUCAGCGUUGGACCUCUGAACUGCUUUUCACUCUGUCCCCUAAUUCCCACCCCGAAACCAGGCAGCUUUGGGGUGGAAAACCCUUUUUUCUUCCCUUUGGGUCUUUUACUUGUCCCCCUCGCCACUAGGUGGCGCCGUGUGACUGCAGUGUGUGGGUGCCAGGUGCCGUGGGGCGGCAUUUUGGGGCACGGUGGAUGCAUCCUGUCGCUCAUAUCCCCAUAGAUGCACAGUUCCAAUUUUCUGAGCUGUACUGGGCUCUUUGGCAGGUUUUUCGACACCGUUUAAACACUUUUCCUUGCAGCAAGGAAUCCACCAAGCCCUGCAGCAGCUCCUGCCUCACCCGAGGUGAGCGUGGGACAGAAAUAAAACAGCGAAAGGCACCAGCUAGAUCCCUUUAAAUGUCCUUGUAGCAUUACAGGCAUGUUAAUGCUGAUCACAAGCCAUUAUGGGACAAGCCGACCUCGCACCCGUGCCAAGGGCAGACGAGGCCACAUUUUGGGGCAGAAAAGAAGGCUCGGCGAGUGGCUCUGCAGAGCAGACCAUUGCUGGCACAGGCAGCAGCAUCGAGCCGGGCAGCACCAGACCCCCAAAACGCUCCCGGGAUGGAGCCCCCCAGCCUGGAGCAGGAAGAGGAGAAGGUUUUGGUGUCGGAGCACAGCUGGCGGCCAUGCCCCAAAGCCCGUAGGAGGCUGCGAGGGUGUCUGGAGGUGGUGAAGGGGCUGCUCUUCCGUGUGGGCGAGGACUGGUAUUUCCUCUUUGUCCUGGGGGUCCUCAUGGCCACCAUCAGCUUCAUGAUGGAUCUCAUCAUCUUCAGGCUCUAUGAGGCCCACCGGUGGCUGUACCAAGAAGUUGGUGAUUACUUGGUGCUCAAGUACCUCUCAUGGACCAUCUACCCUGUGGCCCUGACAGCCUUCUCCACCGGCUUUGCCAACAGCAUCACUCCGCAUUCAGGAGGCUCUGGCAUUCCUGAGCUCAGGACCAUCCUGAGCGGCGUGGAGCUGGAGGAAUACUUGGCCAUCAAGAAUUUCGGGGCCAAGGUGGUGGGGCUGACCUGCACCCUUUCUGCUGGCAGCACCGUGUUCCUUGGCAAACUGGGUCCCUUUGUUCACCUCUCCUCCAUGGCUGCAGCUUAUCUGGGGAAGAUGCGGACCUCGGUGAUGAGGGAGUACGAGGACAAAUUCAAGCAGAACGAGAUGCUGGUGGCUGCUCAGGCUGUUGGUGUGGCCACUGUUUUUGGGGCUCCCAUCAGCGGGGUGCUGUUCAGCAUCGAGGUGACGGCAUCCCACUUUGCUGUGCGGGAUUACUGGCGUGGGUUUUUUGCUGCUACUUGCGGUGCCUUCAUGUUUCGCCUCCUCGCCGUCUUCAACAGCGAGCAAGAAACCAUCGCCGCUCUGUUUAAAAGCGACCUCAAGCUUGAUUUCCCUUUUGACCUGCCGGAGACUUUCUUCUUCAUGAUUUUGGGGGCCAUCUGUGGAGCCAUCGCCUGCGCCUACCUCUUCUGCCAGCGCUGGCUGCUGGCGGCCGUCAAAGACAACCGGCUGACAGGCAGGCUGCUGGCCACCGACAAGCCCCUGUACACAGCGCUGGUGGUGCUGCUGCUGGCGUCCAUCACCUUCCCUCCAGGCCUGGGCCAGCUGAUGGCUUCCAGGCUGUCCAUGAAGGAACACCUCAUCUCUCUCUUCGACAACCGCUCCUGGUUUGUGCUGGCCCAGAACGCUUCCAUGGCCACCACCCAGCUGGGGGACCCACGGGGGCUGUGGCAGGAGUGGUGCCACCCUUCAGCCACCAUCUUCGGUACUUUGGUCUUCUUCCUGCUGAUGAAGUUCUGGAUGCUGACCCUGGCCACCACCCUGCCCAUGCCUGCUGGGUACUUCAUGCCUGUCUUUGUCUAUGGAGCGGCCAUCGGGCGGCUGCAUGGGGAGGUGUUGGCCGCACUCUUCCCCCAUGGCAUCCGCACGGAGGGCACGACGUACCCCAUUGUCCCUGGUGGAUAUGCACUGGCCGGCGCUGCUGCUUUCUCGGGUGCUGUCACCUACUCUGUCUCCACCGCCCUGCUGGUGUGUGAGGCCACUGGCCACAUGGCCCACGUGCUGCCCGUCGUGCUGGCUGUGCUGGUGGCCAACGCCAUCACGCGGAAGAGCCAGCCUUCCUUCUAUGAUGGCACCAUCAUUGUCAAGAAGCUGCCCUACCUGCCCCCCAUCCGCAGCCGGCACAUAGCCUCCUAUCGGGUGGUGGUGAAGGAGUUCAUGGAGCAGCGGGUGGUGGCUGUGACCAAGAGUGAUGGCUUUGAGGAGGUGCUGGCGGCCCUCAAUGCCACCACCAAUAAAGAAUACCCUGUGGUGGAGAGCAAAGGGUCACCCACACUGGUGGGCACCAUCAGCCGUGCCAAACUGGUGGCUUUCCUGCAGAGCCACGAGCACCCACAGGCACCCCCAGGGCCGCUGCAGGAGAAGCCAGCCUCCACGGGGACACUUGGGGAGGACUGUGCCAUUGAGCCCAUCGUACUGCAGCUGUCACCGUGGACCUCACUGCACCAGGCACAUCACCUCUUCGAGCUGCUGAAGCUGCAGUGCGUCUUCGUCACUCACUAUGGGGAGCUGGUGGGGGCUGUCACACGCACCGAGCUGCGGAGAGCCAUAGAGGAGCUGGCCAAGGACGCGUGACUGCCCAUCCUGCCCCUGUGUCAAUUAAAUGGCUUUUGGGGUCA